CCCUGUCGGUUUGAGUGAAACUCCCUUCCCCUGGGCAACUCCUCAUCCUGGGAGAGAGCGGUGGGGCAGGGGGGGAACUUGUUCAUCUGUAGCAACUGGAGUGAAUCCAGGGAGGGAGCAGGCUCUGCAAACUCAGAGUUUUUGAAGAUCUGAAGACAGAAAUUUCAAACUCAAUGGAUGAAGGACUUAUGCCCGAAACACUGUCUCUCUUGCUCCUCUGAUGCUGCUGACCUGCUGUACUUUACCAGCACCGCACUUUUUGACACUGACUCUCCAGCGUCUGCAGUCCUCACUUUUACGUCAAUGUCUGACAGUCGUUCAAUCCAUCGGGACCACAACAAUUUUCGACUGUGAUUCUAUGAGAAGGAGCAAAGCGUUUUGGUUCUUGCUUCAAGAACAUUUUCAGCAUCAGUGGGACUCUAUAGACGCCCUCCUCUUGCACCACAGAGUGGUGCAAGAAACAAUUAUACAGCCUGGAAAGGGGAAUUCACAGGGGUGAGGAGCUGUACACGCAUUUGUGUUGCUGAAGCUUUGGCCAUGGAGAAACCGUGGAAGUGUGGCGACUGUGGGAAAGGCUUCCGGGUCCCAUCUGCCCUGGAGACGCAUCGGCGCAGUCACACUGGGGAGAAGCCAUUCACUUGCCCCGAGUGUGACAGGGCCUUCGCUCACUCCUCCCAUCUGCUGGCCCACCAGCGGGUCCACACUAGGGAUUGGCGGUCCAUCUGCCCCGUGUGCGGGAAGGGCUUUAUCCAGGCCUCCCACCUCGUGGCCCACAGUCGGGUCCACACAGGUGAGAGGCCGUUCACCUGCUCGGAGUGCGGCAAGGGCUUCGCCCACUCCUCCCACCUUGUGGCCCACCGGCGGGUCCACACUGGGGAGAGACCAUUCGCCUGCUCGGAGUGCGGGAAGGCCUUCACCCAGGCCUCCCACCUCCGGACGCACUGGCGGCUCCACACGGGGGAGAAGCCGUUCGCCUGCCUGGAGUGCGGCAAGGCGUUCAGCGACCAGUCGUCCCUGCGCAGCCACCAGCGGCUCCACACCCGGGAGAUUCCUGGACAGAGCAUUGAUGCCUUAGGGAAAGACAACGGAAUGAUGGCAUGCCACAACCCAAAGGACUAGCCACACCACCAUACAUCAAGAACAUUUCUGAACUGACAGCCAGACUACUACGAUCACUAGGACUCAUCACAGAACACAAACCAACAGCCACUCUCAGACAACAACUCACCAGGACGAAGGACCCGAUACCCAGCAUGAGCAAAACCAAUGUAAUGUACAAAAUCCCAUGCAAGGAUUGGACAAACCACUACAUAGGACAAACAGGAAGACAGCUAACGAUCCGUAUCCAUGAACACCAACUAGCCACGAAAUGACACGAUCAGCUAUCCUGAGUAGCCACACACACAGAUGACAAGCAACAUGAGUUCAACUUUGACAACACUACUGUUAUAGGACAAGCCAAACAGAGAACAGCCAGGGAAUUCCUAGAGACAUGGCACUCAUCCACAGAUUCUAUCAACAAACACAUCGACCUGGACCCAAUUUACCGGCCACUGCAGCAGACAGCUGGAACUGACAACCGGAAGUGGCAGAGACAAACCACUACAAAUGCUGGAGGAAACAUCACAGAAGUGCUUCACAGGAGGCUCCCAAGCACUGAGGAUGUCGCUUAGACAGGGGACAAAACGUCUGCAACACAAAUUCCCAGCUCGGCAAACAGAACCACAACAACAAGCACCCAAACUACAAAUCUUCUCCCAAACUUUUUAUUUAAAAGGCAUUUUGGACAAGUACAUGAAUAGGAAGGUUUCGGAGGGAUAUGGGCCAAACAUUUGCAGAUGGGACUAGUUUAAUUUGAGAACAUACUCAGCACGCACUAGUUGAACUGAAGAGUCUGUUUCUGUGCUGUAUGACUCUGUAAUUGUUCAGUAUUGGUCUUAAAACCAUUUUCUUGCCUUCCCCAUAACCAUCGACUUCUUUGUUGUUCAAAAAUUAGAUGAACUCAACCUUGAAUGUAUUCAAUAUCCCCGUAACUGCAGGAAGACAUGCCCACUUCUGAACACAAUUCCUCUUAUAUAUCACUUGCCUUGCUGAUUGCUUGCUGCAUCUGUCUGACAACGGGCAGUGACUGGUGUAGAAGGACGCUGAGGCCCCUGUGUACAUCCACACGUCAUUCCUGAAGGGCUCGUGCCCGAAACGUCAAUUCUCCUGCUCCUUGGAUGCUGCCUGACCUGCUGUGCUUUUGCAGUGUCACACUUUUUGACUCUGAUCUCCAGCAUCUGCUGUCCUCACUUUCUCCACACCCCAAUAUAUCACCAUUUAAACAAUGCACCUCCUUUCUGUGUUUUUUCACAGCAAAGGCUAUAAUUUCACAUUGUGGUACUGCACUUACCACGUCUUUGCCAACUGAGACACAGACCUGGACCAACUUUUCUACAGUCUGUCCUCUCCCCGGAUUCACUCCCUUUCCUUUUAGUUAUUCAAGUUAACAAUUGAACCCCGGAAUGGAAAACGGGGAGGGUGAGAAAAGAGAGUGCUGUACUCACAGAUGUUGGACAGAGGAAGGAAGUUGCAGUCUGGGGUGAAGCUCAAUCUUCAUUCAGAGAGAGAGAGAGGAGCAGGAGCAGCAGCUCAUGGUCCAACUUCUGCAUUCAGACAAUAGGGAGGGCUCUGAUUGGCAGGAGGACAAGACUAUUUCUGGUCCUCCACAACACCCAAUUGGCCCAUGGAAAGACGAUGGCACGUUUCUGCGGGCACAAAUGAACAUGCGCAAUGCUUGCUGACACCAAGGGGCAUGCUCAGUCGAGAUGCUCGUGUUAACUGACAAACUUUAAUUGUCCAAAUGCCAAUAGAGAGAAAAAUGCAGGACACACAAUUUUUUUCCCCCCGCAGCACGACACUUUAUUCGUUUUGCAUUUUGUCCGGCUUCUCAACUUUUGUAUGUCUUUUAUGGGUGGCACAGUGACUCAGUGGUUAGCACUGAUGCCUCACAGCACCAGGGUCCCGGGUUUGAUUCCAGCCUCGGGCAACAGUCUGUGGAGUUUGCACACUCUCCCCACGUCUGCGUGGGUUUCCUCCGGGUGUUGUGGUUUCCUCCCACAGUCCAAAGAUGUGCAGGUCAGGUGAAUUGGCCAUACUAAAUUGCAAAGUGUUAGGUGCAUAAUUCAGAGGGAAAUGGGUCUGGGUGGGUUACUCUUCGGAGGGUCGGUGUUGACUGGUUGGGCCAAAGGGCCUGUUUCCACAGUGUAGGGAAUCUAAUCUAAUCUUAAAAUAAUUUUUCUCAGGGUCCGGAGUCCCAAGCUAGAGGGACAUAGGUUUGGGGUAAGAGGGGAAAGAUUUAAAGGGGACCUAAAGGGCAACUUUCUCAUGCAGAGGGUGGUGCGUGUAUUGAACGAAGUUAUGGAGGCUGUUAAACAGCCUGUCCUGAGCUGUGGCCUAACUGCACAUAUUACAAUGCAAGUUCCAGAAAGAUGUCUGCAACUUUUUGAAAAAAAAAUGCUUUCAGACUUCAACAAUGUCUCUGAAUAUAUCAUAACUAUUCUCAAUUUUAAAAAGCAGCCAUUUCUCAUGCGCACAACCCCAGCUCCAUCUCUCUGAGCCAAAGGUCCUCCAGCAUGUGUUUGACCUGGAUCACAGCAUCCAGAGCCUUCUGCAAAUCGAAAGACAAGUCCCACCCUGCCCUCUCCAAUGUGGGCUGUGUAACUGCUUCAUUGUUUCUUGGGGCUGAGCAGAGGCUGAUAGCCAAGUUCGGUACCCAUGUACCGAACCGACCUCAACCGGGACUUGAGUUCAUAUCAAACUACAGAUGACCCAAAUACAGUACACUAUAUACUCACACCCACGCACACACCCUCUCACAGGCUUAUACUCCAUCACAAACACACACUUUACCAAGCCUGCACACACACAAACUCACUCUCUUACUCACACUCACAUGCACAAAGUCACGUGCACGCGCACACGAUCUCACUCUCACACAAACACGCAAAAAUCUAUAGGGUGAAUUUGCAGAUUUUGCUCAAAAAGCACACAAUCUGCAAGCAGUCAAUCCAUGUAAUAUUUUAUAUAUUCCUACUUCGGAAAUAGAACCAGUCUGACUCAAGAUUGGGAUACAGACAGACUCUAACCUCACAUCUUUCAUGCAUUUUAUAAAAAGAUGUCACGUCUUUUUAUAAAACCUUAAGUGACCUCAAGAAUGUGACUGAAAAGUAGU